GUGUGAAUUUUUCAAUGUUUAGUCAAAACUGUUAAACAAAAAUAAAAACAAUAUUUGAAAUGACAUUCAAAUGUAAAUGAUUUUUACGAUAAUUAUUAUUAAUUAUUAUUAAUUGAAACAAUUAUUAAUUGAAUUGCCUUUAAGUUCGUUACAUAUAUUUAUGAAUUAUUUAAAUAUUGAAAUGAAUUAUUUUUGAUAUAUUGUUUUGACUGAGUUUUGAUAAAAAUAGUAAUCAAUUGGUGAUAAUGGAUGACAGUAUGGCUUCAAUUGAAAGACAUGCCUAUUGUUUAUGUCUUCACGUAAGACCUGCUACUAUAUUCGUGGCACUCGUCAAUCUGGGCGGAUCACUUAUCUGUGGUAUCGUAACAAUAGCUCUUCUGUCUUACUCUGACUCGGCGUACAUCCAGUCGUUGUCGGACUCGAACCGUUCAGCUUCGGCUUCACUGGCGAUUGUGGUCUAUAUGUUGUUAUCGAUGGUAUCAGCGAUGCUAUUGUAUGGAGUGAUCAAAUCGAGACCGACAUAUAUCCUGCCCUUCUUUGGCAUUCAAUUUAUCGACUUUUUGUUUACUUUACCUCAAUUCUUGACUUCACUUUACGCCCACCCGAAUGGCAACCACUACCAGAAUUGGGUCGACCGCAGGACAAGCAACACGUUUCUUGAUAUGCGUCAUCUGUGGCCAAAUGCCAGCUCUAACAAUGUCUACACGAGUUCGUUGCUGUUGAUGACACUCAUUGUACUCUUCAAGAGUUACUUCUUAUGUGUCGUUUGGAAGUGCUAUCGUUAUCUUCGUAUGAAAGAAUUGGUUCUACCCUUACAUUUGCCGCACUUUAACCAUAAUAUUACACAAGAUAUGGCAAUUCCGUCUAUAAUGGUUCCGCCACCACAUAUGGCACCGCCUGAUUAUGACGAGGCAACUAAAAGCUGUGCGCCUCCUGACUAUGAAACGGCUACCAAAUCAAGUGAAUUCAAGUUUGUUCCCGACUCUGGUAUCUCACAACAGACAUCAUCACCAACUCCUGAAUCACAAAGCACUGCAACUGCACACCAAUCGGACCAAUCGACAACUCAAACACCUAACAAUGCUCUACCAAAACCUAAUGAUGUCUAAUAAGAUAAUGAUCUCUAUGUUAGUCAUCUAAUAGCUUUUCUGUCAAUUUAAUCGUUAGUUUAAAAUUGUUAUUUAUGGUAACCAUUCGUUUUAAAAGUAUAUGAAUCUGAAACAUCAUUUCCUAUUAUGUAUUAUUGACAAAAUCUAAAUAAAUUUAUAUAUCCGUAAUAUUAAGUGAAUUUUUCUAAAUAAUGUGUAAUAUUAUAUGAAUAAUUUUG